GUUUGCCUUUACUUUUGCUGCUCAUUCUGUCUCUUGUAUCUGUCGUGCCUAUAUCUCAGGAGAGUCGCAACGUCUUCAAAGUUAAAAUUUUUCUCUUCAAUCGUCUAAAACCAGUUACGAUGCAAUCGUUCAGCAAGGUGGCUAAAACUUGACUUUGCACCAAAGGUCAUCGAAGAAAACAUCAUUUGCACACAUCAUAAUCGCAGAAUCGUCAAAGUAUUACCUAUAGAUAGUUUUAAUAUUUGAGAGGCUAUGGUUGCAACCAGGCAAUCCAGUGGACACGCAGGAGCUUUGGAUGGUCCAUCAACAUCAUCGGGAGAUGGGAAACCUAAAACAGAAUCGUCGUUUUCCACAAUAACGAUGUUUGAUUUGCCACCAGAAAUUUUUGACAAAAUUCUCACCUAUUUUAAGUUUAAACAGAUCAGCCAGCUUAGAACUGUGUGCCGCCACUUUGAUGAAGCAUGCAGCCGAUCCUUAAAUGCUGGAUUUGCGCGCCUGCAGACAAAAAUGAUGCAGCGUUUUCAGAGUAUAAAGGCGAGAAUGCCAAGGAGAGAAUCAGCUCGCAGGAAUCACCCCCUUGCUUGCGAGUCUGACAUAGUUGAAACAAUCCAUAUGAGACUCACGUUGCUGCACAUGACAUUCGGCAAGCACAUCGAGCGCAGGCAUUGCUGUUUCUUUCCUGGCGAAAUAUUAGACGAGGUGAAUCGUAUAUUAACUUACAUCGAAUGCACUGCCAAGCUUACCAGACCAUACAAAGUUACUGAUGAGCUGUUUGACCUCUCCACAAUGGCCAUGGAAUACUUUAAGGAAAAAAUUGAGCCCACACUGCCUGAAAUAUCAUAUUUUGAUCCAGACUUCCUGGAAUACACUGGUGGUUACCAUCAAGGUGGAACUUCAUCUAAAUAUGCAUCAAUUGAUUCGCCAAAAGGGGAUGAAAGUCCAUCUCACUGUUCGUCAGCUACCCCAUCCACUCCGCCCUCAACAAGCCAAGCUCUGGCUCUGACCAGAACUGCUUUAGCAUUGAGGAAGAGAAUGAAUAGAAUGAGAAUGACGUUGCACAGGUCAAAUACUCAAAUAACUGCCUUGAGGCGCGAAGUUCGUAACCUCAAGAACUGCAACACAGAGCAGCGGGCCCAGUUGACUGAAUGUAAAACCAGGAUUGAUGAGUGCGACAAGAAAAAUGAAGAAAUGACGAGAAAGUUUGGCACUCUGUUGCAAGAACUGAACAAGUGCAAAACGGAAUUCCAGUAUUGGCGUUCCAAGUCGCCAGCAAUAACUUGCGGCAGCUGUGGCCACGUGGUUCACCCUGCGCAUGGAGCUAUCCUUGAGGCUCCAGUGGCCGGACCGAGUAAUCAGGAGUCCGCCACACCGUCUGUCGCAGUGCAGGUGGAAGAGGCCCCAGCCAGUGUGGCGACGACUUCAACGUCUGGGGACACGCCUCGGGCAAAGAGGAAGAGGGACGCGAGUAGUCUGGAUUCCAGAGGAAGUCGGAAGUCAACGAGGGGCCGCAGCAAGAAGGCCAAAGUCUAGCUGAAUCGCCAGUUGACUGAAUUUUAAUCUUGGUGUACAUGUUAAUUUUUUUGAUAUCUUCUAGAGCAAUAUCUUUCAUACUCUGGACGUUUGAUAAGGAAAAUUGGUAAUAGCUAACAUCCCCUUUUCUUGGUGUAUGAUUGACGCUGACAGGUUCAACUCACAAGUCCUGUCCACUGAUUGAAUAAUUUAAAGCUGUCCUCAUUGUCAAUCUCUAAUUAAGCUAUGUUGUUCAAGUUAUUCAGCACCAAUUUGUCCUUUGCUUUCCGUCUACGUAUUUUGCUUCGACAAGUUUGUUAUGCCAAAAUGCAUUCUAGUCCUAGCAAAAAAGCAGUAGUCUCGUAGUCUUCAUCACUUUGUAGAGUUGGAAACAGCGCACCUUGUGUGGUCCAAGCAAAAAUUAAUGUUGGAACCUCUUCUCGAAACUCUUUUGUCUAGCUUUUUGUUUUAUUUGAUGUUAUUAAUCAAAUUUCUAGCGCUUGACUUAUCCAUGAGAUGCAUGUUUAAAUGUGUAUAAAUGAGGCUUCUGAUUUGUGGCUUCUUGAUUCAAUUGCUUUUUAAAUUCAACUUUGUUUUAGCAUUUUUCAUGGGCUGUGUGGAAUUUGGCGAACCUCAAAUAUGAAUUUGUUUUUGGCUUUCUUCUUCUUAAAGAUAAGAUAUAUGUAGAGAUCUCAGCCGCGAUCUUUAGAGGAGGCUGUUUGCUGCACUGGCUUGUUAGUUGAAUAUUGCCCUAGUGGUGGCUGAGCAUUCAGCAUCUGACAGCUGGAGCAGCUGGCCCGUUUUUAAAAGUUAAAUUGAAUAGUGCUUAUGCUUAAACAGCUCAAAGAGCUGUUUGCCAAUUUGUCCCUUCUGUACAUUCAAUUUUUCCGACUUUAAUGGCGGCUGGCACGUGGCUGACGCAGCAUAAUGCUAGCUGAAGUCAAGGAGGCUGAACACAUGAUCAACUGGCUGGCGCGGCGUACCUUGGUUGGCUGAGACCUCUAGAUAUGCCAAAGCAUCAAUUUCUGUUCUCCAUAAUUGUAACAGCUACAAAGCACAACAUCUUUAAAAAAGAUAGAUGAAAUGAUCGUUUAAUUUAAAAUUCGUGUGUGAAUUAGUGAAUUGUCAGUAACAAUAAAACAAUAUAGUGUGAAUAAA